AAAUUCUGUUGUAGAUUGUAGUUUUGUUUGUUUACAUAAUUUUAAAAUUAUUUUCUAUACAUAAACGUUGUAAAUAGUUGAGUUUUACUGUACGAAAUAACUUACUAUAAGUACUCCAAAAUACAGUGUCCUAUCUACCAGAUUUAUAAGCGAUCUAAGAAGAUAUAGCUGAAUUCAACUUACAUAUACUCGACACGGAUACAACAUUGGUAUUUUAAGUUAUUUCCGUUGAUAGUAGCAAAAAUGAGUGACUACCCCGAUCCUGAUGAGGAGUACGAGUUAAUGUACGCAGAUGAGUAUGAAUUAAUGCGUGAAACAGAAGAAAACUUGGAACCAAACACAGUACGCAAGAAAUCUAUUCAAGCUAAAAGAAGUCUUGAUUUCACAAGCCCUGCAGCUCCUAAACCUACUAUUCAGAGCCAGGCCGACACUAUCAUCGAAAAUGGCACCAAUGACCAUUUACCCCUAACACCUAGUCUAGAACCAGUUGAGAACAUACUCACACCAGUCACAUCCCAUAAAAGAACUGUAGAUGACCUAUUUGGUGACAUAAAUGAUAUAGACUUUGAUGAAGUGGCCUUGCCAAGUAAAAGACAAAAGACUGAUGAAGAAAAAGAUGAAGAGUUGAUAGACAAGAUUAUUGCGGGAAGGAAACUGAAGCAGAUCCUUCUAGAACCUACUGGAAGGGCACAAGUAAAGGGGUCGAGCUAUGUUGCUAAGGAUAAUAUUUCUUUGGAUAUUCCUAGGUGGUCAUUUCUUCCUCUCACUAACUCGGAUGGUGACAGAGUGUAUGUGAAGUUGGAACCCGAGGAUGUUUGGGAGAAGUCACUGGAUGUGGUCGCCGACAUGGGGUCUCUGCAUGCCACAUACGCUAGUGUCUGGGAGGAAGCUAGAAAAAUUCUAGAAAAGAAACAACAAGAUGAAGAAAAGCAGUCCUCCCAACAAUCGCAGCCGCUGCCCGAUGCGGACCUGUCGAGCUACGGCUCCAAGCUCUGGGUGGAGAAGUACAAACCAGCCUGCUACGUGGACCUGCUGUCAGAUGAACCAGUUAAUAGAGCGCUGCUGCAUUGGCUGCACUUGUGGGAUAAGGUAGUCUUCAAGAAAGAAGUGAAGCUAGCCGAGCCGACGCAACGCAGCAAGUUCAGCGCGCGCGCGGGGCAGUUCCACAUGAGCAACAACUGGAGGGGGAAGAAGGAGGAACAGCCGGAGAUGGACGACGACGGCCGACCGCAUCAUAAGGUAGCGCUACUGUGUGGUCCGCCUGGUGUCGGAAAGACAACAUUGGCUCAUCUGUUAGCAAGAAUAGCCGGCUACAGACCGGUAGAGCUGAACGCGUCAGAUGAACGCAGCGUGGACGCGUUCCGGACCGCUCUUCAAAGCGCUACGCUUAUGAGGUCUGUCAUCGACCAGGAGAAGCGACCCAACUGCCUUAUACUCGAUGAAAUAGACGGCGCCCCGCUGCCAACCGUAGAAUUACUAGUGAAGUGGUGCACAGCGACAUCUAGUGACAACAAGAAGAAAGCCAAGUCUCAACCGUUACGGAGGCCCGUAAUAGCCAUCUGUAACGACUUGUAUGCAACCGCCUUGAGACCACUCAGAGCAAUAGCCCACAUAAUCCACGUCCAAGGAGUGACCCACAGUCGCCUGCUCAGCCGUAUAUCCCUCGUGGCCUCAGAGGAAGGCCUAGAGUUGCCCCCAAGAGUGCUGGGAGACAUAGCGCGAAGAGCCGCCGGCGACGUCAGAGCCGCCAUAUUAGUGCUCAGCUUUGUUAAAGCUAAGGGCCUGCAUAAGGUGAGGUUUUUGGCAGAAGACAUAAUGAAAGUGAAUAUAGGCGAAAAGGACUGCAAUAAGAGUUUAAUCCAAGCUCUACAAACUAUAUUCGUUGCGAAUGACCAACCAGAUGCGGAGAAGAAGUGCCAUCAAACUAUAAGCGCUAAUGGAGAGUAUGACAGAAUAAUCGACGGAAUAUUCGAGAACUACCUCCAAUCGCGCGUCGACUCUCGCCUUCUAAUCGCUUGCGAGACUCUGUCCUGGCUCCGAGAGUAUGACGUCAUCAGCGCCUGGACCAUGAAGCAUCAGAACUACUCUCUGUACGGGAGGUUGCCGCUCUGUGCAGCCGCCUGUAGAAGGGUGCUGGCUAGCAGGAAUCAACUGAGGAUCAAGUAUCCUAUGCAGGCUCAAGAGAUGUCUCGCAAGCGUCAAGAGUUGGAGAGCAUCUUAACAUCAGUGUACUCGUCCCGGCUGCCGGCAGUGAGCGGCGCGCGGCGGGCGCUGCUGCUGGACAUCAUACCGCUGUUGCCGCGCGUACUGGCGCCCAGCCUGAGGAACCCUAAUCUCUGUACCGAGAUAGAACGCGGGGCGGUACGCUCGGCGGCGCGCGCGAUGUGCGACUACGGGCUGCAGCACACGCCGCGUCGCACCGCCGACGGACUGUACGAGACCGCCAUGGAGCCCGACAUCUAUAGACUGGCAUUCUUUGGUAACGAGGACGCGGCGCGGCCGCCGCCCGCCGUGCGCCAGGCCAUCGCCCGGGAGCAACAGCUGGAGAUGAUACGACGGGCCGAGGCCAUGUCCAAAAACAUGACGUGCAGCCAAGUGGACCGCUCCAAGAAGGAAGAAGCGAGCAAGCCGCAGCCGCCGCGCCUCCCCAACCACCUGCAGAGACUUAAGCCCAAGGAGGUGGAGAGAGUGGCGCCGCAAGUACACAAGGACUUCUUUGGAAGAAUCGUACCCAUCGUGGAAUCGUCACAGCGAACAGGUGCCGCCCGCGACCUGAUCUCGUCAAGCAGCGUCUUCUAUCAGUACAGAGAAGGAUUCAACAACGCCGUGCGAAGAUCUGUCAAGAUGAUAGAUUUGUUAUAGUAACUGUAACCUAACGUCACAGGUUUGAUAGAUUGACGAAAACUAUAGAAGUUUACGUUUUCUCGCAUACAAAGUGGCGCCUCUAGCGGAAACUCAUUAAACUUUUGAGAGAUAAUGUAUGCAGGUGACAGAAGAAAACCAAAACUUUUUGCGUUUACGUAAAUUUAAAAACCCGUACUAGAGAGUCAGGACGCACCUGUACGAAAAUAAGGGAACUACUGUUGAAAUAAGGGAUUGGAGUUUUGCGAUCCAAGUUCGAAAAUUAGUGAUUAUGUGCCUUUUUUAUUUGUGUCCUUCUAUUACUUAUGGAGCAUUGUGUUCAUCAUCAUCAGCUAUCAAGGCCAUGUUUGU